GGCAGAAUACUUCCAUAUAAAACUAUAAUUUUGACGAAGUAGCUUUGCUCGGACAAUUACAUCAUUGAAUUUGAUGAAAUAAGAUGGUACUCUAUGAAUUCUAAGUGUUUUGCGAAGAUGGCUGUUGGACAUUAUUUCCUUCUAGCCGGGUUCGUUUUCUUUUCCCUUGUUUCUGAUUCAAGUGCGUCAUUUUCCGAUGUUAUUCGAUUCUACAAGCAAAGUAGGCGUUGUCUGACGGAGGAGAUCCGACAGAAUGGUGAUAUCGAAUGCCAUAUCAAUGGAAUGCCCUUCAGGGUGGGGGACUUUGUACAGACUGGUACCGUGUGUGAUGUCACAUACAGUCAGACAAGUCAGAGAGUUUUCUGUGAAAACAAUGUUUGGCGCAAUUAUGGAGAUUUACCCGUGCACACACAUGAUCGACAUAAAAGAUUCUGGGGAUUUGUUGCUGGUGCAGUUAUAGGAUGGGUUGCUUGCGAGAUAUUUUGUUCAAGAGGCGGUGGCGUUGUGCAGGUCGUCAAUAAGCCGCCUAGUAUUAGCUGUCAAGAGGUAGAACGUGUGCGCUAUGCUCCGCCAAGGGAGACGUCUGUAGUUGUAACUUGGCCGGAACCGACUGCGACUGAUCCUGAACAGGGCAAACUGACGCCGAAACAGAAAUUUGGACUCCCAAGUGGCUCCCAUUUCGAGAAGGGUUCUUAUGCAAUCCCUUACAGUGUCACUGACGACCAUAGCAAUUCGGACACGUGCAUUAUCUCCUUCACUGUCAACGUGACACGAUGUGAUAAAGCUGACAACAUACCGGGCCAUCCUGUUAAUGGGCAAAUGCGCUGUACUCCUUAUCAGUAUGACCCUAUUUUGGGAACCACGUGCUUAUUUUCGUGCAAUGAGGGUUACGAGCUGACAGAUUUUUCAUCAACAUCAAGAACAUGCAAAGAUAACGGAUACUUUGACGGCCAGGUGGCACAAUGUACUAAAAUACAGUGUGAUGAUCUUGAAAACCCACAAAACGGAGAGAAGUAUUGUUCCAGUCAGACAUAUUACAACUCGGUGUGUGGCACAACUUGUUCAGCUACUGGGUAUGAAUCUGACGGCGGAUUUAUACACUGUCAGAGUGAUGGGCUAUGGACGGCACCCCUUCCAUCUUGCCAAGACAAACGCGCACCACAUUUUACUUUUUGUCCAGUGAGUCCUGUGAGAGAAUAUGCCGACAAAGGUAAAUCUUCUGCCACAGUUGUUUGGAUGGCGCCAACGGCCACGGAUAAUUCUGGCGACGUUACUAUCAUCAGGACGAUAGGACAGGACUCGGGGAGUGAAUUUGGCAUUGGAAAACAUCCCAUUUCUUAUGUAGCCCGUGAUCCCAGUGGAAAAGAGUCAGUGGUUCCUUGCAGUUUCGAUGUCGUUGUGGAACAUCUAGAAUGUGAUUCUCCUGAUGGAAAAUUCGACGAUGAACUGAUAUUGCCCGACUGUCCGGGCACAGAGUACACAUACGGGACCGUCUGUAAUGUAUCGUGUAUCAGGAACUACGAAAUAAUCGGUAACACUACCAUAACAUGUGAACGGGAAGGUCCCAACUCUACAAAAAUGGUCUGGGACUGGGGAGGAGGCGAGCAACCAACCUGUAAUGAUAAAUGCCCAGCUAUCCAGCCACCUGCUAACGGUGCGUUCGUCUGCCAGACCGCGGGUAAUGAGUACUGCCGGUUGUCGUGUAGUGUGGACUUUGGGUAUCCCUCGGGAACCAGUAAAAACCAAAUGUUCGUAUGCACGGAUCAACAGUUAUGGGAUCCACCAGAGGCUGACGAUUGUGCAGAGCGGAGACCCCCAGAUGCCAAUACUAUCGGCGCAGAUCUGCAUUAUUUUGUUGGAGAUUGCAAUGAUCCAAAUGUACAGUCUGGCCUGAAGGAUAAAUUCCUUGCUUAUAUGAUCGAGUUGGUGAACAAUGGAUGGAGUAAUAGGUGUCCAAAUGAUACAGGCUGCAUACGAGAUACUAUUAAAGUUAUCUGUGGACCUGUGACCUCUAGACGAAGACGAGAGACAAUAAGUCUGACCACCGGGAGAUGGCGACCUGCUGGGCUGGACCGGAAUGUACCUUUCCGCGUCAAGCGUACAACUGACAAUGAUUAUGUUAUAACCUUGAAAAUCACACUGGAAAUCAGUUGGGAAGGAGGCACGUCGGCUGACGACCUGCAGAAAAAUGACCAAGAUAUUUCCGAUAUCAUAACUGCGAUCGACAAUGAGAUAGCUAGUGGCGGAAAUGCGCUGUCAUUUGAUGGUAUAGUUCCUGCUCAGCUUACUGCAGAUCGUUGGCCAAUGAUGGAAUGUCCAUUCGGACAGACGGCAAAAUAUGAUGGAGACAUUCCUAAUUGUGAGGGCUGUGCUACCGGCAAAUAUUACGAAUCCACGAUAUCGUCUUGUGCCAAAUGUCCAGUCGGAACCUUCCAGAACGAGACUUACCAAACGAUGUGUAAGGCGUGUCCCUCAGAUAUGUCUACCAAGGAAUCAGGCCGGAAAAAUAUCUCAGAAUGCUUUCCGGUGUGUUCGAUGGGGAGCUAUUCGGCAUCUGGAGUCAUCCCUUGCACGAAAUGCCCUCUCGGCGAAUACCAACCGAAUGCGAACAGCAAGAAUUGUAACAAGUGUGACGUGGGUAAAACAACGAUCGAACGAGGGCAAACAGCUGAUUUAAACUGUACACCCUACGAUGUUGUGCUAAACUCCCCUGGAAACAACAUGACAUUUCCACCUCUAACAACAACACUGGAAUCAUUAACUCUGAUGUUCUGGAUGAAAUGUCCCUCCGGAAAUGUCACCCGACCUUCGUUUGGAUUCGUCAACGGUGGUACCCAUACAUCAAUGCUUGAUAUCGUUGAUGCUGAAACGUUGGACUUCUUCAGAUCUACGAUCCAGAUCGAAUCAAAUGGUUGGACUCAUGUUGCAAUCAAAUGGUUAGGUACCACGAAUCAGGCCGAACUAGCAAUCAAUGGCAACAACGUCGGAGCCGUUCCAGUUACUACAGGAAACGUGUCUGUCAUUGGUUCCUAUCUUUUAAUGACACAGAACAGUGGAAACAAUGGCAGUUGUCGUAUUUCUGGCUUACAAAUGACAAAUUCCAGUAAAAGUGAUGCUGAUUUACAAACUGACAUUGCGACAUGCUUACCUAAUGGCGACGACGCCUUUUACAACAUGGACAACUUCAAAGAUAAAAUUGGGAUCGAUAUUGAUACGCCUUCCAAGUGUGACGAAUUUGAUGAAUGCACAGCUAGUCCAUGUGGUGUCCAUAUUUGUGAGAAUCUGUUAAAUGGAUACCGAUGUUAUUGUAAAAGUGGGUACACGGGAGACAACUGUGAGAAUGCUCCCGACUUCUGUGUUAAUAACCAAUGCGAGCAUGCAGCGACAUGUACCAGUGGCGCGUGGAAUUAUACGUGCGCAUGUGCAACUGGGUUUAAAGGGAAAUUAUGCGAGGAGGCAAUUGUCAAUGGAAACUGGGCGGAUUGGGGAGACUAUGGUCAAUGCAGUAAAAGUUGUAACGGAGGAAAUCAAACACGGAUUAGAACUUGUACGAACCCGUCGCCGGGACCAGAUGGUGCCGAUUGUUUAGGAAGCGGCCAAGAUCAAAUUUCCUGUAACACAGAUCCAUGCCCUGCAUGUGAGCCAGUCGGACAUCUUUUGCUUAGAAGCCGGUACACAAAGACAGAUUUUUGUGUAUCUGAAGGAGACUACACGCGAUGUGUAAUAAUCUGUGAAACAGGAAUGGAAUUCGUUGAACCUCCCUUGGAUUACUAUGAAUGUGGAGCCAACACCUCAUAUACAUGGAAUAGAAUCCCUCCCAGCUGUGCGAGCAUACGUCCCGGAACCCGUUUGACAAUUGAUACAUCGGUGACAUAUCCUGUUGCCCUUCCCUGUGGAACAGAGACUGAUCAAGCAUUAAACUCCGCAGCAGGAGAAGCCCAGUGUGUACGUAACAAUGCCUGUGACGUGUCUAUAUCCACCACCGGAUGUUCCUCUAGACGUAAGCGAGAUACAACUACAACAGCAGAUAUAUCUUUCUUCAUUAAUGUGGAAGAACUUCAAGAUUUCAACCUCACUGCAUUGUUAGAAGACAAUAUCGUGAGUGCAGACCUCCAGACCUAUCUCAAUGCAAUUACCGAAUUAGAACAGACUGCACAGGAGAUCAACAACUCUGCCUCCGAUUUCUUUACCGUGAAUGUCAACAAUGUCACUUACAACAUCGAUCCCAGCACCCUUGAUUUUUCUGCUGUGAUCACGUGUCCAAAUGGCUCUAUUGCAAACGACGGCGCCUGUGUUCAGUGCCCAGCAGGUACCAGUGAAGAGAACAGAUGGUGUGUUUACUGUGCAUUAGGAACUUACCAGAACCAAGAAGGACAGACGGAGUGCCUAGCAUGUCCAACUGGUUAUACCACGCAGUUUGUCGGGAUGAUAGACGUCGCCAACUGUUCUGUUGAAGAAAAAACAACGGCCAGUACGACAGACUCAACAACGGCGACAUCCAUAUCUGCUUCCGCGACUACAACGACAACAUCAACGACUACAACGACGACACCUACCCUCACCCCAACGACUAGAAGCACACCUUCUACAUCCACGACUACACCCACACCUGCUACAACGACGACUACGACAACAUCAUCCGUUCCAACGACUACAACCACAACUGCUACACCUACGACAACAAUAUCUACUUCAUCUACGACUAGAACCACGACAACAGCAAAUUUAAAUGACGCACCUGGGUCACCAAAUACGGAGACUACAACAACACUUGGUAAAAAGAAUGGUUCCGGAAAUGAUAAGAAAGGUAUUUUAUCCUAAGUUUUACAUACAUUU